UCGAAUUAAUACCAGACAGUUGGGGUGAAUCACAGCAGGAGGGGUAUUUCCGUCUUUUCGGUUGCAGGGGGGAUAAACGAAGCUAAAAUACUACGACAUCACGAUCGGCUCAUUUCCUUCUUCGCCCUAACUCCGCCUGUGCGGGCGCCCGACGCCAUCUGCUGACUUCCCCUUGGGCGAGAUUGCGGCAUUUUAAGGCGGCGCUUCUCGACUUCGUCGGGCAACAAACAGACUGUUGAUUAGGGUUUAGCUCAAGAGUAAAGAUUUCUUCUCGGGCGUGGGAUGAUUGGAUCAAGAGGAGUGGUAGGGGAGAAAUGGUCGCAGAGGAUCCUGUGGUUCUGCGCCAUCGGCAGCGCCAUCAGCUUGUACAUGGUGGCCGUCGAGAGGCAGGCGCAGAACCGGCAGCGGAUGAUUUCCGAGGGCUUGAGAGAUUUGGACGGUGCUUCUGACAAAUCUGGAGGCGAGGAUGUGUGAAUCGGUUAGAUAAAUGCCAGAAACUUUGGGCAAACUUUGAAUCUUGCAUACUGAAACUAUGGUUAUGGGCCCAAAGAAAUCAAGUGUGAGAACAAACAAGAAUAAGUAGAGCAUGAGUUAAUUUUUCCUUGGUUUUGCCACAAUGGUUUCUUCUUCAACUGCUUGUCAUGCUUGGGAAUGAAUGGUAUUCUAUGCAGAAAAUGUAAUAAUGCCUUUCGAUCAUAACCAUGAGCUAGCUUUAAAUAAACAUGACAACUUGGAUGA